AUGGAUGAUGUUUGGAACGACCACCAGGAUAAAUGGUUUGAGUUGAGAAACGUUCUAUCAUGUGGCUCAGCCGGUUCAUCUGUCAUUGUCACCACACGUCAGAAAAAGGUUGCUGAGAUAAUGACAACACUUCCAUGUUAUUUCUUUUAUGGGCUGUCGGAAGAGCAUUGUAGGGCGCUGCUGGAGCAACGCGCCUUCGGUCCAGGAGAAGAGGUGUCUCCUCAAUUGAAAAUAAUUGGUAAUCAGAUUGUGAGGAAAUGUGCUGGAGUGCCUCUAGCUGCUAUAACGCUUGGAGGAAUCCUACGGUUUAAAAGGAGGGAAGAGGAAUCCUUUCCUAAGGACCAUUACAUUGAAAAGGAAGAACUGAUCCUUCUAUGGAUGGCUCAUGGCUACAUUUCAUCGAAGGGGACUCUUCAAGUGGAAGAAGUUGGAAAUCAAAUAUGUAAUAAGCUACUACUCCGAUCUCUUCUACAAACACAUGUGUUAUACACAAACAAGAUUGGUAUGCAUGAUCUUGUUCAUGAUCUUGCAGAAUCAAUAAUGGAGAACAAAGUCCCCGGGGUACAAAGUGAAAGAAAUCUCGCAAGUGCAUCUACUGUCCGUGAGCAAGAUAUGGACAUUCCUUCCAUCUUGGAGCUCAAAAGUUUAAGGGUAUUAUAUGCAAAAGCAACAAAAGAUUUGCCUCCUUCCAUCGACAAUCUUAAACAUUUGCGAUUCUUGAAUUUAUCUCAAUCUAAAUUUCGCACUCUCCCCGGCUCAAUUUGUACACUUUGGAAUUUGCAAAUCCUCAACUUGGAUUACUGUGACAGGCUUGUGGCUUUACCUAAGAAGCUCAAAUCCUUACGUAAUCUCCAAUAUCUAUGUUUGUUGGAGUGCAAGUCGUUGCGUGAAAUGCCAUCUAAAAUGAGAGAGUUAAAUGGCCUAAAAACAUUGAGUAUGUUUGUUGUGGGUCUAAAGAGAUAUAACCAACUUGAGGAACUAGAAUGCUUGAACAUGGCUUCAGAUUAG